CCGCAGGUGGAGACGCUGACGACGGAGCUGGGGGCCGAGCGCAGCUUCUCGCAGAAGGCGGAGAACGCCCGGCAGCAGAUGGAGCGGCAGAACAAGGAGCUGCGGGCCAAGCUGGGCGAGCUGGAUUCUUCCGUCAAGGCCAAGUACAAGCUGACCAUCGCCACCCUGGAGGCCAAGGUGGCCCAGCUGGAGGAGCAGUUGGAGCAGGAGUCCAGGGAGCGGAUCCUGUCAGGGAAGCUGGUGCGUCGGGCGGAGAAGCGGCUGAAGGAGGUGGUGCUACAGGUGGAGGAGGAGCGUCGGAGCGCCGACCAGUUCAAGGACCAGGUGGAGAAGGGCCACAUCCGGCUGAAGCAGCUGAAGCGGCAGCUGGAGGAGGCGGAGGAGGAGGUGUCGCGGGCGAACUCCAGCCGGCGCCGCAUGCAGCGGGAGCUGGACGACGUCACUGAGUCGGCCGAGUCCAUGAACCGCGAGGUCACCACGCUGCGCAACCGGCUCAGGCGCGCCCCCCUGACAUUCACCACCCGCACGGUGCGUCAGGUCUUCCGGCUGGAGGGCGUCUCAGACGAUGAGGCCGACGGGCCCGACGCGGAGACCCCGGCCCCCGACCACCAGCCGCAGCCCCCCCCCGGCCGAGCCCCCCGCCCCGUGAGGAGCCCUGGGACCGGGCCCCCCGGCGCAGCGACGAAGCCAGGCUCAGCACUGGGUCUUGGGCCCCAUCCCGGCCCCACGCUGGGGGCUGGUCGCGUAUCAGACAGCACUUUAGAAUGGGGGGCCCUGGGGAGGGGGGGGUGGCUGCAUCCUAACUGGCUCCCCUAUGAAAUAACCCCCCUGUCCCCCACCAGGAUCUGACCGCUGGGGGACACAGCAUCAGCACCCCCCCCCGGGAU